UUGAAGACUUGCACCGCCUUCCUCGAAGAAGCCCGACUCACAAACCCUAAAAAAACAAAUCUUAUUUAAAAAUCCCCUAAUCUUAAUCGCUACUCUCUUAUUUUCUCAAUCUCUUCGAUUUUUGUUUAGUCUUCCGCUUCACCAAUCCCUUUACAUCGUCCUUUCAGGUUUACUUUUUUAUUCGCUUUUCAAGAAGAUUGAACUUUGUGUUUAUAAUCCAAUGGCUACAAACGUGGACAUGUCUCUUGAUGACAUUAUAAAGAGCAGGAAAAAGAAUGAGAGAGUUAGAGGACAAGGCAGGGCCCUUCGUGGGCGUGGCCGUGGCCGCGGUGGCCCGGGCAGUUCUUUUAAUGGUGGAAGAAUGCUAGGGCCUGUUCGUAGAGGUCCUCUCACAGUGAAAGCUCGGCCAUCAUCAUAUACCAUUGCCAAGUCUUUUCGCAGAGCCAAGAGUUUUCCCUGGCAGCAUGAUUUGUUUGAAGACAGCCUUAGAGCUGCAGGAAUAUCUGGAAUAGAAGUUGGUGCAAAGUUAUAUGUUUCAAACUUGCAUUUUGGAGUAACCAAUGAAGAUAUAAGGGAACUUUUCUCUGAGAUUGGAGAACUGAAACGAUAUGCCAUUCAUUAUGACAGGAAUGGUCGUCCCAGUGGUUCAGCUGAAGUUGUGUAUACCAGAAGAAGUGAUGCAUUUGCAGCUCUUAAGCGGUAUAACAAUGUAUUGCUUGGUGGAACGCUCAUGAAAAUUGAAAUUGUGGGCCCCAAUGCGGAAGUGCCUAUCUCAGCUCGUGUGAAUGUGAGCGGAAUGAAUGGAAGGCGGAAGAGGACUGUGGUUAUGACGCCAGGAUCAGGUCGUCCAGCGAGCUCUGCUGUGAUAAAUCGUGGUACUGGACAGAGCCGUCGUGGAGGUCUGCGGAAUAACCGUGGACGUGGACGUGGACGUGGACGUGGUCGUGGACGUGGUAAUGGCCUGGGGAAGAAGCCUGUUGAUAAGUCAGCCGAUGACCUCGACAAAGAACUGGACAAUUAUCAUGCUGAAGCAAUGCAGACUUAGUUGAUUUUCAAGCGGUGUGAACUGAAAUUAGUAUUAGUCUAUGUUAGCAGUCAGUUGUACAAAAUGAUCUAUACACUGUUGUGGUAUUUUUUUCCCAGUCUGCUUUUUCUCGGUGCAUGUGCAUGCCUUCUACUAAUGAUAUAUGCUUAGGUUGGUGUAAAUGAAGCUGUUGGAUUUUAUGAGAAUUUGGCGUUUGAUCUCAAAUUCGUAUCUUGGUCCUUUUUAUGCUUCCCUAUGUUACUAAUUUUCUUACUCUCCACUACAUUAUCGACAUUUAUAGUUGUGUAAUAUUCAUGUUCAUUAAA